GGGCGGUGCUGUGGCGCCGUGCGGGAGCAGGAGCGGGGCUCGGUGCGCUCGCGCCGUUCCUCGGCCCUCAUGGCUCCUGCCCGCAGGAAGGCGGCCGCGGGCGCGCGCGGCAGGAAGCUGAGCGCCUUCCUGAAGGACUUCGACCGGGAGGUGAGGAGCCGGGUCGAGCAGCUGCGGACGAACGGGGAGCGCCUGGUCAAGGAGAUGGAGAACCUGUACGACGUGGAGCUCCUCCGGCUGCCCGCGGCGCUCCGCGAGAUGAACUGGCUGGAGUUCUUCGCUAAAGGGGGAAGCCAGAAAGUCGUGGAGGAGGCGGUGACGGAGAGGAGCGCUGCUGCGAUAGCGCGGGUUACGCACGCAGCUGCUGCGUUAAGACUUAGCAGGAGGAGAUCCUGUGGUGUCCCCCGCAGGGCUUGCGUGCUCGCGCUGCUCCUUGCCUGGCUUGCCAGGCCUGCUUAAUUUCACGGACAAUGUGAACAACGGGAUUCUGUUGGUUUGAACGUUCCAGAAACUUUGAGGGGGAGAAAAGGAGAAGGGUGGGAGGAGGGAACCCGUGAAAACAUCUCUCUGCCCAUUGACAGAUUCCCUGGGAAGAAGGCAGUGGAGGGAAUGAAAGCAUUAGCACCCUCGGGACUUUGAAGUAACUUCUGAGGCUCAAACUGUGCCGCGUUGUAUACGAACACCAGACGGGUGUCCCAGCUGUGCUUUUCGGGCUCUCGUAUAUUUAUUUUUAUAUGUAUAUAUACACACAGAGCUUCAAAGAACAGAGUGUCAUUCUCAGAAAUGUUCCAGUAGGUUCGAAGUAACGUAAUCUCUCCCUUGCAGGUGACGCUGACCGAGCCUCAGGAGCCCCGGGCGGCACGUGGCUAGAAGUGAGAGCUCAGUCCAUCUGCAGGUGUCGGCAGCGUGCGCUACGGCUUUGUACUGGUUGGGGUGCGAGGCCGAAAAGGCGUGGCGGGCGUGGCUCCAGGCCAGCCAGGAGAUGUCACAGCACAGAUGACAUCACCGGAGCCCGUGUGCUGUCACAAUGCAUUGCCAUGACGACGCCGGGCCCUCCCCAAGGACAGCUGGCCGCUGGCUCCAGGCGCCUCAUUUGUGAGCUGUGCUGCCCGCAGCCGCUCGCCGUGCCCUGUGCCUGAGAGCAGCCCCAGCAGCAGACUAGCUCAGCCUCAUCGCGCUCGUCCUCCAAGGCUCAGAGAGGUUUGGAGGCACAUGCCUGCCAGCAUGGACGGAGCCUGGGUGGGGACCUGGAGACCUCAUCGCCCACGCGGCCUCAUCUCGGCCCAGUUCCCCAGCCCCGGGCCCCAGUACUCCAUCCCGGGGACAACAGGUUAUGUGGGCCACAGCCCCACCAAAGCCCGUGCCCCCGCCUACACGUUUAGAGGGACCAAACCGCCUGCGGCAGGGAGCUGCGGGCCAGGUCCCUGCUACUUUGUGGAGCCCGCCAUCACCAGGAACGGGAAGUACGUGGCUCCGGGCGCCCAGCUCCGGGGACGACCCGCGACGAAGACCACCGUCACUCCCGGACCAAGUGACUACCGCACCGAGGCAGCCAACAGGCACGUCUUCAAGUGCCCACCGGUGCAGUCCAUGGCCUUCCGGCGGGAGCCCCUCCGGACAGACCACCCUCCAGGUCCUGGCACCUACACGCUGCCCAGGCUGAUGGGGCCCAACACAGUCUACACAUCGGCCAGCCCCUGCUACUCUGUGAGGGGAAGGAGCCAGCGAGGUCGGUUUGACGAAGACCUUGCCAAGACUCCGGGUCCUGCGGCGCUCCCCAAAGUGCCUGUGGAUGCCUACAAGACCAGGGCGCCCGCGUACACGAUGGCAGCCCGACCAAAAGCUGGAGAGGGCAAAGCAGCGAAGCCCGGGCCGGCAGACUACAGCGUAGGCCGGGUGACGCUGAUCAAGCCCCAGGCGCCUGCAUCCACGUUUGGAAUCCGGCAUUCCCUCUACACAACCCCUCUCAUCGUGGAGUGAAACAACAAAGCCUGGAAGGCCUGGUUUCCUUUCCUGGAACGGAAGGGGAGGGGAAGAGAGAGCGACCAUCUGCCGGUUUCCCUUUGAUUCCAUUUCCCUGCCUCGUGCCUCGGGUUGGGCUUUUGCCCAUUUUACUGUUGGAUGCUAGCAAUAGGAGUAAGUCGUUAAUAAAAUGUACCUUUAUGUAUA